UCUCUCCCAACGCUUGGACGGUGUAAGUGUGUCGGUUUAUUAUAUGUCAUUUCUGAAAAGAUAAUAUAAAAAGCCCUUUCAUCAUGGCAAGCACAAGCAGAGAUAGAGGCAGAGGGCGUAAGUAUUUAAAUGGCAACCAGAAGCGAGCACUGGCAAAGGCAAAGGUGCUUGAAAAUGAAAAACAUCGAGGUGCUAUCAAAAAAUUUCUUGUCACUCCACCUUUGAAACGCCCAUGUAUUGAAGAUGAAGAAGACAAAAACGAUUCAGAAAAUGACAAUACAGCCAUUAGUCCAAUUACAGUUGAUGAAUACAAUGAAGAAAUUGAUAUUCAGUUUGAAAAAGUUCAAGUUGACACACAGACACAGUUGAAUCAAACUGAAGACGAUCUUAAUACAACAGAAGACAGUGCCAAAGUGAGAAGUCCACUUAUAGCUAAAGAAGAGUCAGAAGGCCAAGCCCAAACAUCAAACAGUGAUGGAUCAUCCACAAGUACAGUUGUAAUUAACAUUAAUGAUGACCCGGCAAGUUGGCCAUCGAAUAUAAAUAGAAAUAUAAGAGAUUAUUUAACAAUGAAAGGGCCUCCUGAUAUUCCAGUGAACAAGUUUCCACGAAAUGAAAAGGGAUUGUGUUUUUCUAAGUUUCACUGUAUUGACAAAGAACGUGAACUAACUAUUAAUAAACAUGCAAAGUACUGGCAGCAAGUAUUCAAAAGGCUAGUGGCAAUAGUGCAGUUUCUUGCUGAGAGAAAUCUAGCGUUAAGAGGGACAGAAGAAAAAGUUGGUAAUGAGAGUGUACACAAUGGAAACUUUUUAGGUUUAGUGGAGCUGUUUGCAAAGUUUGACUCUGUUCUUGAAGAACAUUUACGUAAAGUCAAGGCCAACGAAAUUCAUAAUCACUAUUUAGGAAAAGAUACUCAGAAUGAACUACUAGACAUUAUGGCUACAGCUGUUUUGAAUGAGAUACUGAAUCGCGUAAAAGCAGCUAAGUACUAUGCCAUAAUUUUAGACUGCACACCCGACUUGAGCCACCAGGAGCAAAUGUCUCUAACGAUCAGGUAUGUUUCUGAUGGCAACUUGGCUCCUUCAGGUGUUUAUGAACAUUUCAUACAGUUUAUGCAGGUUGAAAGUAGCACAGGAGAAAAUUUAUAUAAAACAUUAUUAAACACACUAGAGCAGGGGUGGGCAACCCUUGGUAGGCCAAGUUCCAACUUAGUUGCUGCUGGUUUUGAGGUUUCAAAAGUUAUUGCCCAACAUGGAAAGCCACUCAGUGAUGGGGAGUAUAUUAAAGAAGCAUGGCUAGAAUGUGCUCCUUUCCUUUUUGAUAACCUUUCAGAAAAGGACAAGAUUAUUCAGCGCAUUAAAGAUUUGUCUGAGUAG